AUGAUUUCCAUAGUUGCAAUUUUCUUGUGGACAACAUCAGUCACCAUAUGUGCCGCCAUUAUUAUUUUUGUCGGAUUGGUAAUCUACCUGCUCUAUGUCCACGCGAAGUACGACCAUUUGCCCGGACCCAAAAGAGGUGGCUUCUUCACGGGUAACAUGGCGUUAGUCUACGAAAAGAGAACCAAAUUGAACUUAACGAUCCACCAGAUUUGGGCGAAGCUUGCCUUGCAGCACUCCCCGAUGUUUGUGUUUUGGUUUUUCCAUCGUCCAGUCGUUAUUGUGACGGACGCGCAGCUUGUAAAGGAAGUAUUAAUUACGAAAAAUCUGCCGAGGGACAAGUUCGGAUACAGCCAUCUCGCCUCGCUGUUUGGUGAGAGAAUGCUCGGACAAGGACUUCUUUCCGAAGUUUCCGAGGAGGAGUGGCGCUGGAAGAGAGCCACAUUGGAUCCAGGGUUUUACCGUCCGAGUAUAGUGGGGAUGAUAGACAAUUUUAAUACGACAUGCGACUCCUUCUUACAAAGAUUAGAGAGCCUUGCUGAUGGCAAGGCGGAAGUUUCUAUGGCUGAAGAACUUGUUAGGAUAAACUUGGACUUGAUAGCAAAGGUAUUUUCAAAUUCCUAACCACUCUAGUUACUAUCCUUGCCCUUCCCCGUCUUUUCCUACCUAGAUCUAUUGUGACCCUAACGAAAAGAUUUAGUGGAGUUUGGGAAUAAGGAGGAAUUCCUCUUUAAUCACACCUGGCAGUGAAAGGGAUAUGUGUGAUUGUUGGAAAAAAAGUAAUUGCAUUCUGAAUAUAGUGAUUCCUCUUUUCUUGAAGGUGGAGAAACCAAAUGAUGAAUUCAGCAUUUUCUUGAAUAAGUACCCAUGCUUUAAUAUGCCCCCUCCCUCCCCCAGAUUAGUGCCCAACCCCUUGGCUAUUAUGUCAAACAAGCACCCCUCUUGAAUAAGUACCUCUCCUCCUGUCCUCCCUCACUUUCUUGGAUGAUUGGGAUAGGAAGAAAAUGCCUGUUACUGUUGCCACCCUAUAUAUAUAUAUAUCUUUUUUUAAUUACAUUAAAAUGAGUGCACUUUCAGGUUGAUAGUUCCCUAAUAAGCGCCCCCUCGAUUUAGCAUCUUCCUUCCUAUAAGCUCCCUGCUUUUUUAAGCUGAUGUUUUAAAUAUGGAAUGUCAUAAGAAUGUAUUAUUGAUUGGUAACUGGAUUACAAUUUGAAUAGAUUACUUUAAGUGCAUUUGUCUCAUACGCCUCUUUAAGGGAGUGUCCUUAGAUAAACAUUUAGAAGGGGUAACUUGCAAAAACAAUCAGCAAAAGUAAUUAUUAAGUAUAUAUAAUAGACUUGUGAUCAAGUACUACUUUUUGCCAUUUGAAAAUGUGGAUUUAAUUUCAAUUGCAUUUUUUGAUCACCUGUCAACCAUGUCUUAUUUGGAUAUUCAUGAGUUAUUAGUUAUUUCUCAUCCAAGUGUCUAAAUUUGUUUCUGAGGACUUAGAUUAUGAGGCAGAUGUUUUAUUGUUCUGUUCCAUCAUUAUUGCCAUGUAACUGUGGUUUUUCAUUUCACUAAUAAGGGAUUACUAUGACUUGGUAGGUUGCCUUUGACCUGGAUUUGAACUCGACAAGUAAUCCUGAUACCCCUAUACCUAUCAACAUUAGAAUAGCUUUGGAGGGUCUCAUUCAAAGUUUCAGAAAGCCUUUCAUGCGGUUCCAGCCCUCCACUUUUGGUUACCAAGCUAAAUGCAGAGAGGCUGUACGUUUUGUGAGAGGUGUGGCCAAGGAAGUGAUUGAGAAAAGAUGGAAGGCAAAAGAGAGAGGAGAAGAUCAGCAUAAUGAUCUCUUGUCGCACAUUCUUCUGUUACCUGAGAGAGACAGGCGCACCACAAUGAAUGACAUGGUAGAUCAUUUCAUGUCAUUUGUAGUUGGUGGUAAGUUAGGAUUGUCAUAUAGUCUCACCAGUAGCAUAAACCACUUUAUCCUUUAACUCCCAGAAGUGAUUCACAUCUAAUUUCUCCCUGCAAUAUCUAUAUAUUAUCCAGCAAACAGGUAAUGAGAAUACUCAAACAAAUCAAGUAGAAGUUGUUGUCUUGAUCUAACACCAAAUUCUUAAACCAAUUUAAAAGGAAAUAUGUAGUAGCUGGAGGGAAGAAUUGACUAUCAGAUCUUGGGAGUUAAAGGGUUAACCCUUCAACCGGUGAGAGUGAUAAGCAUCUAAUUACUCCCAAAAGUGUCACCCCUGAAUCCAACAUCUAGGUCUUGAGAUUAAAGGAAAUGAUCAUGAGGUCAAUAACUACUUGAUUAUUAAGCAAAUUCUCCUUGUAAAUACAGAGGGAAAUGUAUAGAGAACAGUAUGGAGAACUUACAAACAGAAGUCAGGAUGUAAAAGUUGGUUAAGCUAUAGACUCAUAAAGUGGGUAAUGGGGAAAGCAGAAUACUGACAAUUUAAUUUUGUGUGCCUCUUAAUGUUGAUCUGAAGUUUCCUUAGUUGUUCUUGUUUGGUGUGUUGCUCAGUGUUUAACAUUCGUAAAAAAAAAUUUCAGGGUUAUCAACCUUAAUUUCACCAGUGCCCAUUAAGCUCUGACCCUUUUCACCUUAACUGCUACCAGUUCUCUUCCAUUCCUCUUUCCCACCCUUCUUUCAUCUGUUUUGAAGCUUAAAGUCCAGAUUGUGAAAUUAAGUCAAAGAUGUUUAUUAAGAUACCUUUGGGGCCAAAUUUUCAUCAGAGAAGGUCCAAGAAGUUUGGCUGAACAGCAUCUAGAGGACAAACCUUCAAUGAAACUUAUGAAAGACCAAAAGUUCUUAUUGGCUAAAUUUAAUAUCUCAUGUCACCAAAAAUUACAUCCUCGUUCCCAGGGCCUUUUUUUUAAUCAGGUUGUUAUGGUCACCCCUCCUAAUAGCGAGAGAUAUUGGGCAGGAAGUAGAGAGACCCGGGGAUCCAGGACCUCCUCGCGCAAGUGAAUCCGCGCUGGAACACUGCAAUUCAUGGCUUUCCAUUCGAGCGCUUGCCUUUUGGCUGGACUUCACUGCUACACCAAAUCUAUCUUAAAUCUUCUGUAAUUGAAAUUAUUUUUCAGGAGAGGAGACUAUCUCGAACCAUUUGACGUUUCUUCUUGCGGCAAUAACUUCUCAUCCUGAGGUGGAGGAAAGGUUUGUUACAUCUCUUAAUUGCAGAUGUCUUAAUCUCAAAUAGAACGUCCUACUCUACUCUUUAAUUGUAUAACUUAUUUCCAUGAGUAUUUUACAUAUCUAAGAACAGAAUUGCGGUAAUUUCCUAAAGUGAAUAAAGCAUGGGUGACUUUCAUAGAUUUGCCUUUUUUUCUUAGAAUUGUGGCCGAAAUUGAUGAGGUCCUUGGCAGUCGUUGUUCCGUGCGCUACGAAGACCUUGCAAGGCUCAAGUACCUGGAACAGGCAAUCAAGGAAGCUCUGCGCCUGCAUCCACCAGAACCAGCAAUCACGCGCAUGGCAAACGAAAGCAUGAUCAUGAGCGGCUUCCACAUUCCCGCCAAAACGAGCAUCAUGGUGAACGCUUAUGUUCUUCAUCACCAUAGUAACUACUGGGACAACCCGGAGGAAUUCGACCCAGAGCGCUUUGCGACGUGUAAUCUUGAGAAUGUAGAGCACUAUGCGUACAUUCCUUUCUCUCUCGGCCGUCAUACGUGUAUCGGCAUACAUUUUGCUCACAUUGAGACCAAACUGUUAAUUGCCCGUUUGCUUCAAACAUUCAAAUUCAAUCUUGUUCCAGGUCAAGACCUCAAACAAAUAGAACACAUGACCUUGAGCCCAAAGAAUGGGGUGAGGUGCAAGCUGUCCCUCAGGUGAACGCUGCCGUCUCCAGCAUUUUAUCUCAAGUUUGACCUAGUCGGAAAGGAAACCUCCACUGGUGGAACAGAGUGUCGCUGAACGGCGCAGGAUUAGCCCAUGUUGUAGAGCGUUGGACUACUGCACCAACACGCUCAGGGCUUUUCCUAUAGCGUCCACAAAUGGUCAGACAAUCUAGUCUUCUCAGAUAAGGACGAUAAACCGUAGGUCCUAUCUCCUGCAUUUUCUCCGUUCUGGUUAGCAGGGGACGUUAAAGAACCCACGCACUUCUCGCAAAGGGUAGGGAACCUAGCUCCUGGUGGUGUGGUUUGGCCUUCUUAUUGUAAAUGCAGGCCCUCCUUUAAUUUAGCUUUCAAGCUGAACUGGGCCAGCUAGGCCUGUGGAAAUUUAAAUAAAUUACAUACUUUUUUUAAAGUUAAAAUUUGGCAUAAGUGGGAAUGGAGUUGUUAGUGGUCUUAGUGUGGAAAAAUGAAUACAAAGAAACAUCUACUUGCUGUUUUGAACUGGAAUUUGGAGUUCACCAUCUCACUGGAUUAUAUGACCAUUUACUUUGCCACAAUCUCCCUUUCGACUCCAUCUAACCAAGAGAUAACCUCUGACAGCGCAAAUCCAUUACAUGAACUUUUACCAGCUCAGAGAGCUAGGAGCCUCAGGAAAAGAGGACAUAAUUACAUCCUGCCUCCAGUCAGAACCGAACGCUUUAAACGUUGCUUUUUCAAUAGAUGUCUUUUCGAAUUUGUGUAGUUACUUAGUUUUGUAUAUACAUAAUAGAUAGAUAUAUGUAGGAAAUUGUAAGUCCAGAGGUUUUGUUUCUGGACGUGCUUCUUUUAAUAAAGAUCUUUAUAAGAGAGCUCUUACUGUAUUAGUUAUUGAAUGCGGAAUUUUUCUGAAAGAUAGUAAUUCAUUUCCUCUAAUUAUAUGGGUGUUACUGACCAAACUUCCUCAGUCUUGAGCGCCCAAAAUUUUCCUAGUUCUCUGCAAUACACUGUGAUCCCUUCUUGCUCAGUGAGGCUUUCAGUCUAAAAAAGAAAACCACUAUAUUGCUAAUGAGAGAUAACGGCGCAGUCUAGGAAUAAAGGGACUUAAGUUCUUAGACUUAUGACGCUCUUAACACUAUCUUAGAAUGAAGAUAAUGG